AUGGCAAUUUUCUCUGACGGAGCAGGUAUGGGGCGGAAGCAGGAAGAGAGUGUUGGUGCCGCCUGCACCCGUGUCGCCGCUGCACCCACAUUGUCGCUUCUACUCCGCGAAGACGAAGCUGCUCCAGCCAUGCUUCUGCCAUCACCAGCUUAUUCAGAUCUGUCAUCACCAACUAUGCCUAUGCGUCCAGAAGAGAGGAGAGCCGUCUUCACGCCGUGCAUAUCCGCAGAGACCCCGAUCCCCGGUGGAUACGGGGUCCCCGUUACCCGUCGCGGGGAUGGGGCAGGGCCCUAUUCGUCUCCUACCUCUUCUCUCACUCUCUCCAAUCCUUCUCCACCAUCGCCUUCACCUCCCAAAACGCAAUUCAAGCCUUCCACAUCGCUGUUGCCGCCGCCCUCCACGCAUCCACCCGCUCUCUCAUUCUGGCCACCACUUCAUCGUCGCGGCCCUCCGAAAGGACUCCCAGCUCAUUGA